GAGAGAGAAAAGUGGUGUGGGGAUUGGAAAUGCGAUUUGGCUUUGAUGCAGGGGGCAUCCCUUCCGAGGCCAAAAACACCAGGAAGAGCUAAGCCCCUCAGCCCCGAGGAGAGAGAAAGCUAGAGAGAGAGAGAGAGAGAGAGAGAGAGAGAGGCGGCUGGUUCACCGGGAGUGAUGGCUGCUGAGGAUGAUGAUGAUGUCCUCCUCCUCCUCCUGCGUCCCUAGAUCUGGACCUCGCUCCGCCGCCGCCGCCGCCGCCGGGGAGAUCACCGUCUCCGUUCGCGAAGCUUCCUCUCCCCCCCCCCCCCCCUCCGAGUGACGUACGCGCAAUGCUCGCCUGAUCCUGUCGCAGUUUUUGUGCGGCCGUUGAGGUGUGGAAAGGACGAUGGCGUCGAGGCGCGUGUCGAAAUCGAAUAGAUUGAGCCUGAGCAGCUCUAGAGCCGCCAAUUCUCCUGUGUCGUCCACCACCUCGUCUUCGAAACAGAAUCUGGAGACUUCCGCCGACGGUCAGAGCUCUCCCGCGUCGUCUUCGGCACGCAGCAAGCCUCAGUAUUUCUACACCGAGAGUUUCCCUGUGGAUUCGGAGAGAUCCAAAGAGAAUGUCACGGUGACCGUCCGGUUUCGGCCGCUCAGCCCCAGGGAAAUUCGCCAGGGUGAAGAGAUUGCUUGGUACGCCGAUGGAGAAACGAUCGUGCGCAAUGAGCAUAAUCCAUCAAUUGCGUAUGCUUACGAUCGCGUAUUUGGUCCCACAACCACGACGCGUCAUGUCUAUGAUGUUGCUGCUCAACAUGUUAUUAGUGGUGCUAUGGACGGAAUCAAUGGAACUAUUUUUGCAUAUGGUGUGACAAGCAGUGGGAAGACUCACACCAUGCAUGGUGAUCAGAGGUCGCCUGGAAUUAUACCACUAGCUGUUAAGGAUGCUUUUAGCAUUAUUCAAGAGACUCCGAACAGGGAAUUUCUACUUCGUGUGUCAUACUUAGAGAUUUAUAACGAGGUUGUAAAUGAUUUGCUAAACCCGGCAGGGCAAAAUUUAAGAAUUCGAGAGGAUGCUCAGGGGACCUUUGUUGAGGGAAUAAAGGAGGAAGUUGUACUGUCUCCUGCUCAUGCCCUCUCCUUGAUAGCAGCCGGAGAAGAGCAUAGACACGUUGGAUCCACCAAUUUCAAUUUGCUGAGCAGCCGGAGCCAUACAAUAUUUACUCUGACAAUAGAGAGUAGCCCAUGUGGUGAAAACUCAGAGGGGGAAGCAGUAACCCUGUCGCAACUGAACCUCAUCGAUCUGGCAGGUUCUGAAAGUUCAAAGGUUGAAGCAACUGGUGUAAGGAGGAAAGAAGGAUCCUACAUCAACAAAAGUUUGCUAACUCUGGGAACUGUGAUAUCAAAAUUAACUGAUGGGAGGGCUACUCACGUACCAUACCGAGACUCCAAGUUGACAAGGCUCCUCCAGUCUUCUCUAAGUGGUCAUGGACGAGUAUCUCUUAUUUGCACUGUCACUCCUUCGUCAAGCAAUUCUGAGGAGACACAUAACACAUUGAAGUUUGCUCAUCGUGCAAAACAUAUUGAAAUUCAAGCAGCACAAAACAAGAUCAUUGACGAGAAGUCGCUGAUUAAAAAGUACCAAAAUGAGAUACGACGCCUAAAAGAAGAAUUAGAACAAUUAAAGAAGGGUAUCGUCACCAUUCCUCAAAUGAAAGAUGCUGCUGGAAAAGAUGACAUUCUGCUCCUGAAACAAAAGCUAGAAGAUGGUCAAGUUAAGCUUCAGUCCAGAUUGGAACAAGAAGAGGAAGCGAAAGCUGCUUUAUUGGGCCGAAUUCAGCGGUUGACGAAAUUAAUCUUGGUAUCCACAAAAGAUUCGCCAUCGUCCAAACUUCCGCAUCGCCCUGGUCAUAGGAGGAGACAUUCCUUUGGUGAAGAAGAGCUUGCAUAUCUACCCUACAAAAGACGGGACUUGAUUUUAGAUGAUGAAAAUAUAGAGUUGUAUGUUUCUCUUGAGGCCAACUGUGAAACAGCAGAUGACCCAGUGAAGGAGGAAAAGAAGAGCAAGAAGCAUGGAUUGCUGAACUGGUUAAAGCCACGUAAACGAGAUAGUGGCUUGGGUACGCUGGCAAGUACUAGUGAUAAAUCAAGUGGAGUAAAAUCUGUUAGCACACCUUCAACGCCCCAAGCAGAAAGUGGCAACUUUCUUACAGAAUCCAGACUAUCCCAAUCUUUAGUCACAGAAAGUUCUCCUGUAGCAGAUAUUCUUUGUGAGAGUAGAGAGGACCGAGAUGUUCGCGAAGAUAACUUUUUGGGACAAGAGACACCUCUGAGUAGCCUAAAAUCAAUCGAUCAGAUCGAACUCCUAAGGGAGCAACAAAAGAUAUUGUCGGGGGAGUUGGCACUACAUUCGAGUGCUUUAAAGCGGUUAUCAGAGGAGACUGCAAGAAACCCCCAGAAGGAACAGAUUCAUGUGGAGAUGAAGAAGUUAAAUGAUGAAAUUAAGGUCAAGAAUGAACAAAUAGCUUUGCUUGAGAAGCAAAUUGCUGAUUCCAUCGUUGCUUCUCAUGACAAGAUGGGUAAACAUGAAGUAUCUCAACAUAUUGCUGACCUGAUGGCUCAACUGAAUGAGAAGUCCUUCGAACUUGAGGUUAAAACUGCAGAUAACCGUGUCAUUCAAGAGCAGCUCAACGAAAAGACUCGUGAGUGUGAAGGAUUGCAAGAAACAAUAACAUCCUUGAGGCAACAGCUCUCGGAUGGCCUGGAUUUGAGAAAGCUUAGUCCAUCAGUCGGCUACUCUCAGAGACUUGCUGGAGUGAAGAGCUUUCUUGGAGAACUUGGCUUGCAAAAAGAAGAUAAUUUGGUUACUGACAAAAAUGAAGGCUCGCUUGUACAAAGACAGGCUACCAAGAUUGAAGAAUUGAACCGAAAGGUGACUGAGUUAACUGAGUCCAACCAACAGUUAGUAGUUCGGAAUCAGAAACUGGCUGAGGACAGUUCGUACGCCAAAGGCCUCGCCUCAGCCGCUGCUGUUGAGCUCAAGGCCUUGUCAGAAGAAGUCGCGAAGCUCAUGAAUCAUAAUGACAGGCUCACUGCUGAGCUGGCAGCUUCUAGGAACUCCCAAACGCCACGCAGGAGCAGCAGUACGAUCCGUAAUGGACGGAGGGAGAGCCACAUAAAGCGUCAAGACCAAGGUGUCUCGCCUGCUGCUGAUAUGAAAAGAGAACUGACAAUAAUCCGAGAAAGAGAGGUAGCUUAUGAAGCCGCUCUUCAGGAGAAGGACCAAAGGGAGUCCGAGCUACAAAAGAAAGUGGAGGAGUCCAAGCACAGAGAAGCUUACUUGGAGAACGAGCUUGCUAACAUGUGGGUUCUUGUUGCAAAGCUGAAAAAAUCGCAUGGACCAGAAACUGACAUUUCUGAUUCGGCGAAAGAAAAUCAACGAUGACGUGGUCUUUAAAAUCCGCAUAGGGUAAGGAUGUAAUGGUUUGAGAUGUGGACUGUACGCUGACUUUUUGCUUUGUUUAGGGAUUGGUUUGGGAAGAUGCGGCUUUGUACAGGAUUGUUCUGUUAAGUGAAUGAAAGAGCCUGAUGUUUUGUAAAUACAGGAGGGUCUCUCUUCGUGUGGAUGCCCUCCAAUCAAGUGUAUGUAAUUUGUUUUCUGAA